GCCGACAGGAUUUCCACUGGAAUCAAACACUUGGAUCCCAUCUUCUGACUCCUCACUUCUGACAGUCAACACAUUGAAGAAGGCCAGAGCAGCUGGAGAGAGUUAACACAACAUAUUACAGGUUUGCGUGGAGCACGUGGGCAAGUGACGCAAUAAUCUGCUCACACCGCUUUCUGUCAUAAUCCAAAAUGGCAGCCACCAUCGGGAGCCUCUUCAGGACCUCUGCAAGAGUUGCAGCAGGAGGGUUGAACGUGAUAGCAGCCUGUCGACAUGGAGCAUCUGGAGCUGCAAGAAUCCUCACCGCCCCGUCGCUUCAGAGAGCCUGUUUCUCUACCAGCUCUUCCAGAUGGAGCCCUGCUGUCACUCAGCCUGCUCCUGCUUUUAAGGCCACAGCUGUCCACAACGGGGAGUUCAAGGAGAUGAGCCUCGCUGAUUUCAAAGGCAAAUACCUGGUCCUCUUCUUCUACCCGCUGGACUUCACCUUUGUGUGUCCAACGGAGAUCAUCUCAUUCAGCGACAAGGCCAGCGAGUUCCACGACAUCAACUGUGAGGUGGUGGGCGUGUCUGUGGACUCUCACUUCACCCACCUGGCAUGGACCAACACGCCACGCAAGACUGGAGGCUUGGGCCACAUCCACAUCCCCCUACUGUCUGACCUCAACAAGCAGAUCUCUAGAGACUACGGGGUGCUGCUGGAGGAUCCAGGCAUUGCACUCAGGGGCCUGUUUGUCAUUGAUCCAAACGGUGUUGUGAAACACAUGAGUGUGAACGACCUUCCGGUGGGCCGUUGUGUAGAAGAGACGCUUCGUAUCGUGAAGGCGUUCCAGUUUGUGGAGACGCACGGUGAGGUGUGUCCAGCCAGCUGGACCCCCGAUUCCCCAACGAUUAAACCAACCCCAGAGGGAUCCAAGGAAUACUUUGAAAAAGUCAACUGAAGGACACAAAGUUCACAACUUGUACACCUAAAAAUAAAUGUCACUCUCUGUUAGUUUAUACAGUAAGUUGUCUUUACUCAUACAGCUGGAUACAAACUAAUAAAUAUAUUCUUUAUAAAUGGCA